AAAUUUAAUACAAGAGAAGUCCAGCAGCCACAAAAAAGUCCUUGAAAAGUCUGUGUUUCCUGUAGUUGCAUUGUAACUCUAGUCUUUGUAAUCAUGCUUAAGGAAAUUUGUUACCAAACCCACCAUUUAUAAAUACUUCAGAGUAAUCCUUAACACUACAAAAGAAUCUUGUGUGAUCUCCUCUUCUCUUUACUUCAAUCUACAAACAAUCAUGGGAGUUAGUACUUUUACACAAGAGUACAAGUGUCCAAUUGCACCGCCGCGCAUGUUUAAGGCCUUGGUUGUGGAUUCCAACAAUUUGUUUCCAAAACUCUUUCCCCAAUUCAUCAAAAGCGUCAAUGUAAUUCAAGGUGAUGGUGGAGCAGCUGGAAGCAUUGAGCAAGUCAACUUUACUGAAGGUAACUUUGCAGGCACUCAAUUUAAAUAUGUGAAGCAUCGAAUUGAUGAAAUCGAUGAAAAGAAUUUGGUGUGCAAGUACACCAUGAUUGAAGGAGAUGCAUUAGGAGACAAGCUUGAGUCUAUUGUUUAUGAGGUCAAAUAUGAGGCAGAUAGUGAUGGUGGUGGUUGCAUUUGUAAGAUGACAAGCCAUUACCACAUGGUGGGGGAAUUUGAGAUCAGAAAAGAAGAAAUUGAGGCUGGCAAUGACAAAGUUGCAGGAAUAUACAAGAUUGUGGAAAACUACCUCUUGGACAAUCCUCAAGUUUACGCAUAGAUUCAUGUAUGCCAAUGAAUUCCCGCUUGUAUCAGUGAAAAUAAAGGAAUUUAAGAAACAAAGUAGGACAGCGAUCAGAACCUAGCAAUGUCUUUGUCAAGGAAGGAAUGGCAGAUUGAGGCACAUUGGUAAGCUGAUGAAAAGAGUUAUGAUGCUGCUGUGAAACUCCAAUAUAAGUAUUUGAAAUUCCUAAAGAGUCAUAAGUGUACUGAGACCAUUGUGGAAUGGCAUUGGAAGGAGGAACAGGAACUCCUUGAUGAGAAGUAUUGGAGAACUUUGCUGGCACAAAACUGGCCGCUAACAAUGCUUGAGCAGGUUCAUUUGGCUGAGCCUGGAACGAAUUUCAAGGAGGCAUUGAAGGUGUGUGUACUGGAGAGUGAAACCCCUUAUAACCAUAGUCAAAUCUAUGGUAGAGUUGCAGAGCGGAGUGGAGUGCUUUACCACACACUUGACAUAUCCGUUUUGGCCUAAAAUAUCCUCUUCUUCUACCUUCCUAUACAUAAGCAUUGGGUUUCGCUAGAAGGUAUGCAUCAACUGCCUUAGCCAUUGACAAGACCCUUGUUUUUUUGAAGAUAUGUAUCAAAAGUGUUGUCAAAAAGAAGAUGAAGACUUGAUCAAUCAGUUUUGUAUGGUUAAAGAAGUUACACCGAUGAAAACUGAUGUUUAGUUAUGUGAUGUUGUCAUGUUAAGUUAUAUCUUAACCGUCAAGAUAGUUUUGUGAUGUUAUCCCUUUAAAAAUCUAUAUAAAGUGAUUGAGUGUA